AUGAUGAUGAUGUCCAGUCUUCCAUGUGAUUUGGUGGAAGAGAUUCUCUCUAGGGUUCCCUUAACAUCACUACAAGCAGUGAGAUCUACUUGCAAAAUGUGGAACGCUUUAACCAAAGAUCAGAGCUUUGCAAACAAGCGGGGGAAGGAGUUUUUGAUGAUAAUGAAUCACAGAGUCUAUUUGAUUGGCGUCAAUCUCCAUGGAACUCACAACAACACUGUUCUUGACCUAAAGAAUAAUGGUAAACUUGUUUGCCGAGAUAAAACAGCUCAGGAAUCAAUCUAUGUAUCUCAAGUCUUUCACUGCAAUGGUUUAUUGUUAUGCGUAUCAGCAAAACCUAAUGUUGAUACUAGGCUUGUGGUGUGUAACCCGUAUUUGGGGUAUUCAAAACGGAUCACUCCCAGAUUUAGUUACGGGGGAUUUGACAAAUUUGCUCUCGGAUACGACAAAUCCUGCCGUAGCUACAAAAUCUUGAGGCUUUUCGGUUUCGAUAAUAAACUCGAAAUCUACAAUUUGAGGUCUAAUUUAUGGAUGGUUCCCAAUGCCACUCUUGAAUGGGAUAUAGACUAUAUGCAACCUGGCGUGUCUUCCAAGGGAAAUACAUACUGGUGCGCUAAAGAUAAGGGAUCAAAAGAUCAUUACUUAUUCUGUUUUGAUUUUACAAAAGAGAGGUUUGGACCGCGUCUGCCUCUGCCCUUCAACGGAGCUUAUGUGUCUCUAUCUGUGUUUAAAGAAGAUCACCUUGCGGUGUUAUUACAGCUGCCGGAUAAACCUGAGAUGGAGAUUUGGGUUACGAAUAAGAUUGAGCCAGAUGCGGUGUCGUGGAGAAACUUCUUAAGAGUUGGAAUGAAACCUUGUGUUCGGUCUUGGAACUUCUUGAUUGACAAGGAAAAUAAAUUCGCAGUUGUUUUUGAUAACGACAAGGAAAAGGGGUUUAAAACCAUUUACAACAUAGCUUAUGUCAUUGGAGAGGAUGGUUAUUACACAAGAGUGGAUCUCCGUGAAUCUCCAAACACACCACUUUGCCGUCUUGUGUGUUCUUAUGUUCCAAGUUGUGUGCAAGUCAAGUAA